GGUCAGGAGCAGCGGCGGCAGCGGCGGCCCGAGCAGCCGCAGCGUUCCGGAAGCUCCAGGCGGUCUUUCUGCCGAGGCUUGGUCCCGGCCCCCAUCCUCCCCGCCCCGUCGGUUGUUGUCUGGGCGGAUUUAAACAGUCAAGUUAAAUCAAGCUGGGUAAUCAUGGCAGAAGGUGGAUUCGAUCCCUGUGAAUGUGUUUGCUCUCAUGAACAUGCGAUGAGAAGGCUGAUCAAUCUGUUGAGGCAGUCCCAGUCCUACUGCACAGACACAGAAUGUCUUCAGGAAUUACCAGGACCCUCCAGUGAUAAUGGCAUCAGUAUCACCAUGAUCUUGAUGGCCUGGAUGGUUAUUGCAGUGAUCCUGUUUCUGUUGAGACCUCCUAAUCUAAGAGGUUCCAACCUAACUGGAAAACCAACCAGUCCUCAUAAUGGACAAGACCCACCAGCCCCUCCUGUGGACUAACUUUGUGACAUGGGAAGUGAAAAUAGUUAACACCUUGCACGACGACCAAAUGAACGAAGAUGACCAGAGUACUCUUUACCCUGUUUAGAACUGUUUUCCUCUUGCAUCUGCAAUAUGGGAUGGUAUUGUUUUCAUGAGCUUCUAGAAAUUUCACUUGCGAGCUUAUUUUGCUUCCUGUGUUAACACCUUUCCUAUAUUUGAGUAAAUGACUACAUUAAAAAGUUACAUGGGGCUUUUUUGGUUAUCCUAAACGUACACAUUCCAUUCAUUCUCUUUGUAAAUGUGAUCAUCCUUUUUGUGAUAAUUUCUGGCCUGAUUGAAGGAAAUCUGAGAUCUCGGCAUUUAAAUAUUUUAAAUAGUUUUGAUGGGUUUAAAAGUUUUUAUAAGGUAUUUAUAAAGUUAUUUGGGGUUAUCUGAGAUUGUAUGAAAGAAAAUUAGAACCACACUGUAUUUACACUUACCUUGGUAGUUUAUUUGUGGGUGGCAGUUUUCUCUAGUUCUUGGGACUGUGACAGCCUUGAGAAUAUUUUACACAUUACAGCUGAAAUCUGUGUCAUCCACUACAACUGGCUUAUGUGGCUAGAAAAGGAGGAAAGAAGAAAUGAAAUAAUUGUUUACUAAGUUUUUUAUUCCCUUACAAAUACCUAAUAUUAAGAAAACUUUAAAUAAAUAUGAUUUAAAUGUGGUGGACAAUUUAUAGUCCAUUGUAUGACAUUUGUAAGCCACUGUACACUAGCCUUACAUGGUUCAUGAAGAGGAAAAAAUGUAAUUCUUUCUGCCUUUGCCAGGUAUAAUCUAUACAGUAAUAAUUUAAGCUAUAAUUUAUUAAAAUAGGUGCCUCUCAGGAAGCUGCUUUUCUGUUGUAACACUUUCCUGUUAAAUGAAACUAUCUUAAAGCUGUAUUGGGGGCCUGUUUGGUUACUGACAUUUGAAUGCUAUUUACUUAUUUACUCUGUUAUUUUCUUUAAAGAAAACAUUUUGAGUCUUGUUAUCUUUCUGACUUUAAAAAAAAAAUGUUUAAUGAAUUCUUGGUUUACUCCAAGGAAAAAGAGGAAAAUGAGAAACAAUCAAGGAUCUUUUCCUCAACCCCUGUCUCAUUCUCGUUUAGUAAUAGGAUGGAUUGGGGUGGGGAGGAGCAUUAAUAUAAGUAAAAUUUUUGAAAUGUAUAAAAAUGUAAAAAGUUGCAUAGUUUUUGUUCAGUUUGAAAGAAAAGGAAUACAAAUGGCAUAAAAAAAAUCUACAUGACCUGUGGGUUAUGGAAUUUUUGCCUAGCAAGUGAUUGCAGAUGAUUUAUGGGGAUUAGAAGAUAUUUUGCUAUCAAUGUAAGGAUUUUUUCCCCCUAGAUAAGUCUAGCUUUUCACUGUAUAGAUCCAACAAAUUACUUGUAUGAAUUGAAUAAACUUCUCUAUAUCAUUGUACUGUUUAAUAGAGUCUCUGAUACAAUUAUAUGGCGCUUGUAGGGUAUUUUUCCUCCUUUAUUCUGAUUAUAUUCUAGGCCAUAAACACUGGAAGGGCUUCAUUUCAUUAUAUAAUGCAGUAUUGAUUGCUUGCAUUCCUCCUGUGCAUCUUAGCUUUGUGCUCAACUUCUACCCGUAAUUAUUUGUAUUAAUCGAGGGGUACCAAACACAGGUAAGUCAAAUUCUGGAUAAAUGAACACCACAGAUGUAAGGUUUUUCCUCUCGGCAUGGCCUAUGAGAAGCCUUUCCAGCUCUGUAAAACAUUUAAAGCAGAAAGGGCAGGAGUGGCCUAAGAUGGAGCUAAAUCCCUUAUGAGCAUUCCUUUUUCUGCCCUUGCCCCUGAACUUAAGAGGCUAGUACACAUAUCCUAGUGGUCUGCUCUCUAAGCUGCUAGAAAGCCAAUCUCUGGCACAGUUACUGAUGUGUUCACUGAAUCUAUGGCUCACAAAUAACUGAGAAUUGACUUUGGUUGAAGAAGUGAUUGUGACAUGGAAACAGAAUGGUUAAUGUUAGCUAGAGACCUGGAAAUCUGGGUUCUUAUUCCUAGUUCUUCAUUUCUGUCACAUAUACUUAAUUGACAUGACAUUAGAACAUUAACCUUUUCCUGUUAUAUAGACCAUCUUUUUAACUAGUAACUUUUAACUUAAAAGUUCUUAGUGAAGUGUUUAGUCUUGGUUUUUUUGCUUGUAAAAUUUCUCUGCACUCCUGACAAAGACAGUAUGCAAUAGCACAUAAAGUAUUCCUGUUAAUCUAACUAGUAAUUUAUAUUAUUCUAUUUAAUUCCUAAAGCCUCUACACGUGGCCUUUUUAUUGAGCACACUCUUACUCAUUAACUUGGCUUAUAAACAUUCACCUGAACUGUGGCUACAAUAUUUUUAAAAUAAUCCAGAAAGAAGAAAGAUAAAGCUUCACAUUUUAAUCACUUGUGGCUCUUAAACAUUCCACAAAUGCCAUUAAGAGUUUAUUUUAGAGUUAUUUAAUGUUCUUUUAUGCAAAAUAAUGGUUUUUUUUUUUUUGCUUUCCACAUGGAAAAAGUUAGCAUUGGAACUGUGUAUAGUGGAAGAUUUUUAUCACAUAUCUAUUCAAGCACUAUCCCAUGUCAGCAAGUCAUAUUUUAAACUACCUGGAGAAAGUUUCAGAAGUAACUAUCAAGUACAGCUGUUCCUAGUUACUUUUAGUGUGUUCGUGGUAUGCAAUGUGAUAGUGUUUAUAGAAUUAUUUACAUCCUACAUUUUCCAAGGAACCUUAGAAGUCUCUCACCCUGAAUCAAAGUCUGUCACUCUAAAUGAAUAUGUGCUAAAAUUUGACCAGCUCAGCUUAAGACACAAAACAGCAACUUGAAGGGGAAAUAGAGUUUAAAUUAAUGGGUCAAAUUUUUGUUGUUGCAAUAGUAGGCUUAGUCUUAACAUUAUAAUAUUUCUAAAUGAAAAUAUGUAUGUUACCAUGUCCGAUGAUUACUUUGUUAAGAGCAGAAGUGGUCGUGUGAUGUACUAAAUGUUAAUUGCUGUUUUUAAAUGUUUAAAUCAUGCCAAACAAAUCAUAUCUGUGCCAUCCAGGGUUUAUUGUAAUCUUUUACUGAGUACUUGGAUUGGGAUAAAGGGCUUGUACUAUGCACUUUUUAUUAAUGAAUAAAUAGAAAACAUUAGUAACA